AUGACAGAAGAUGAAUCACCGGCCAUGACGUCCAUCGAGCCAGAGCUAACGCAGCCCGCGUUCGUCGGUGAAACAUCGAUGAUCCACGCCUUGAGACAAACAGAAGCCAGACUAGACAGCCUGGCUGCUUACCGUGAGGGCAGUCUAGACACCAACAUAAGCGCACUUACUCCAACGCCCUCAAGCGACGUGACUGCGACUGUCGAAAAGAGGUCGCGAGGUUGGCUGCGGGCUAUUUUGCGGUGUCAUGGAAUCGCACGCGAGAUCAGCCAGCAUUACGCACUUCUGCGCAGCUUCUUUGACGAGGUCCAUGUCCUGUACCCCUUCUUGCAUCCUCCGGCCGUCUGGCAGACCUACGAAUUUCUCUCGCGACGAUCACUCAAUGUGUCAGCCGACGACCUGGCGAAGAAUGGAGAGAGCAGAACCUCACUCGCCAUUUUGUUCCUCGGCCUCGCAGUGGGCCGCUGUACCAGCUCUUCCCGCGUCGACGACGCCGACGGCACUCACUCUGCCGGGUGGAGCUUCUUCAACGUCUCGAUGUACUUACUGCGCCAACCCCUGAAUCUGACAGAAGACUGCGCCAUCUCAGUGCAGGGACUGCAGGCUCUUAUGAUGAUGGUCGUAUAUCUGUUUAGACUAGAUGCCAAUGAAAGGGCAGAGCGAAUCCUUGGCUACGCAAUCUCUUCAGCGCACAUUCUCGGCCUCCAUCGACGCAUGACCUACACACCGAUGCGGCUGGUCGAAGCUGAGUCGUGCGUACGCGCCUGGUGGUGCCUUUAUGUCCUGGAUCGUCGCAUGAGCCUUGAGACAGGCCGGCCGUUCGUGAUCCAGGAUGCAAACGUCGAUACCAGGUAUCCGCUCGCACUGAGCGAUGCCUGGUUGGAAGAGCAUAAAUUUGAGCAUCAGAUGACCGACGACCUGGAGGCGGAAGCUCAAUUGGACGUGGCUCGUUCGGGCGUCAAUGCAAUCCCCUAUUUUAUCGCCAUGAUAUCUUACUCAAAAAUCGUCGGCAACGUUUGGACGGCGGUCAAUAGCCCUGAACAGUCUUCGUGCGGCACCAACACGAUGGCCCGCAACUACAUCGACCUGUUGCUCGAGAAUUUCACUCGCAGCCUUCCGCCGAGCUUGAGCUGGCCCCUCUCGCCAAUCUCGGAAGACCAGCUCACCAAUCUUGAGUGGUGGCAGAUCAAACAACGUGUCCUCAUCCGACUUCGCUGCAUCUUCCUCAAAAUACUCAUCAGACGACCAAGAGCGCAAGAAAGUUCAUCGCUACCUGAGAUCGAACGUGCUCAGCUAGCCGCUUCAAUCAUCGAAAUCUUUGACUCAAUACCGGCGCACUUUCCCAAAUUCUUGUUUCCUUUCACUCAUUUCAUAAUGGCUGCCACGAUGGUGCUCUUCGGCAUCGUAGUGAAAUCGCCAGAGCUCCAAGCCCAACACUGCAACUCAAUACUUUCUGCGACGCAUACACUCGUUCUGUGCUGCCGCAAAUCAUGGGUCAGCGGCAAGACCAUUCGAACAAUCAGCAGACUGAAUUUCAUGGUACAAAGGACUCUGGUUGAUCUAACGGAUCGAGCCCCACACCAAAAGCAAGCCGGCAACGCGGCCGGCGCGCCCGCCGAAGCCAGAACGACCUCUGAAACACAGCUCGUCGUGAAUGCGAACCUUUCUACGUCUCAAUCUGCUCUACCUGUGGCCACUGCUCCAAGAAUCCGUGGACAGUCCCAAGAGAGUCCGGGCAGCGCAUCCCUAAGCGCUGGCACUCAUCCCCUCGAACGUCACACUUCUGCAGGUAGCAGCGUUCGCAUGAUGGACCCCGUGCGGCCAGAUCGCAGACCGAUGCUAGCGGACGGAGCGGACAGAUUGCCGCCUGCUUGGCCGGUCGCGCCGAACGCUCCCGUCAGUCAUGUGGCAGCAUCGUCACCCCGACAUGAUGUACAGCCCGCGCAGGUGUCUGGGCCUGGACCGGCGGAGAAUUGUGACUCGACCGUCAGCGACGCUUUGCCUUGGCCAAUGUCGACCUCCACAGUGGAUGAUCUGCCCAGCUGGGCAAUGACCGACUUCGAGUUCGAGCAGGAGUUUCAGUUUGUGGGUCCGGUCGGUGCGUUCAAUUUCAUGGGCUCCAAUCUAUAA